UUGUUAAGGGACAUACCUACCCAUAUCCAUUUCUCCGCAGUUUAUACACGUGGGAGAUUCCAGUCGACCGAGUGAUUUCCUGUGACUUUGUUCUUCUUUUCCCAAUUCCACCGUCUCUCUCCAAUAUCUUGAACAUCUCGGCAUAUCUCCAACCAACUGCCACCACAACCAACCAACCAACCACCACCACCCCAAAACCAAUAAUCAUAAUGUCCGACUCAGCGCCCUCCGUCGCGUCGGAGCCCGUCGCGCCCGUCGCCGACCUUCCCUCCGGCGAACCCAUCCCCCCUCCCUCCGCCGCCGGCGCCCUCGAGCCCAUCACCUCCGCCAACGAAAAGAAGCAGCAGCCAUCGCCGGCCGCCCUGACCAAGGCCCUCUACGCCUCCGACGCCUUCCUCGCCCGGCUCAACAAGUGCCUGUCCACCCCCACGGGCAUCGACACCGUCCUCCUCCUGCUCUGCUACACCUCCAAGUUCGCCGGCUCCAUCCUCGGCGUGCUCUCGCGCUCCAUCCUCCAGCGGUCCUUGCGCGAGUGGCUUGCCGUCAUCGCCGGCGCCGUUCCCCCGGGUGCCACGACCGCGGUCGUGGUCGACUCCAAGACCGCAGCGGCCGUCGCGCCCGCCGCCGCCCGCGCCCUCGUCCACGCCAAGCGCCUCAAUGCUCUUUCCACGCUGCUGAGCGAGGCCCGCACCAUGACCCGCCUCUGGGCGUUGGUGGGCAUGUACUUCUGGGGCAAGGGGAUCUUUGCCAAAGCGGUGGCCGUGUGGCGCGCGAAGCGCAGCAACUCCUCCAUCUCGGAAAAGGAGCAAGAACAACUCCCCUCAACAACCGAAACAGCCAUCUCCCUCCUUCAAUUCUCUCUCUGCGUCGCCCUCCAGGUUCUCGAAAACGGCGCUUACCUUUCCUCCAAGGGCGUGCUUGGUUGGCAACCGGCGCGCAUCGGCAAGGCGUACCUGUGGUCAGCUAGGUUCUGGGCUGCGUAUGUCGGGAUUGAGAUUGGCAGAUCCCUGGCGCUGGAGCCGAAGGAAAAGUGGAAGGAGGAUAGUUGGAAGGGUAACUUGGCCAAGAAUUUGGCGUGGGCGCCGUUGACGGUGCAUUGGAGUAGUGAGAAGGGGCUGGUGAGCGAGAUGGUGGUGGGGUUGUUGGGAAGUAUUCCGGGGUUGGUGCAGAUGAGGGAGUUGUGGGCUUCUACUGCUUGAGUUACUUGGGGGGGGGAGUUGAGUUGAGUUGAGUUGAGCUGGCUGUGAGACGGGAUGUGAUGUGUAAGGGUUGGAUAUGUGAUGGGGAGAAAGCAACUAGGUUUGAUGUUGUCAUGUCAUGGCUUAUAUACAGAAGGAUGAGGCAAGCGUUGGGGUCGUUCAUGCGGUGUUCUUUUUCGAGAAGAUACUUUUCAU